AGGCGAAGACAGCUAGCCUAACUAAUAGCGUUCACGAGCUUCAACCACACCGCCCAAUCAGCGUCGUCUUCAGAAUUCGCCGUGCGCUCUGAUUGGUCGUGCUCCCCGAUAUAAAACCGUUCUUGCCGUGCGCGCUCCCUUUCACCUCCCGGAGCCCUAGUGUGAGGUACGUGACAUCGUGGCUGUGGGCCCGGCUCUCGGUUUACCGGAAUGCCAGUUCCGGGUCCUCUCUCAGCGCCCCGCCGGUGAUGACAGCACCUACAGCUGCAUUAUUCCGGAGCACGCGGGCCCAGAGCGCCAUCUCCCCCCUCACUGUCCAGCGGGCCGCGUCUAGGGGCCCUCCCCCAGUGUGUUCCUUAUAACUGGUGGCGGCUACCAAACCCCACACGUGGGCAAGCUGGCCCCCUUACCGGGAGAGCUCUUAAUAAGGGCUGAAUGUAACCAGGGGCUACAGAGUGCAUGCAGCCAGCCUGUGGGUGCAUGGCUGAGGGGGGUCUCCCCUGGGGGUAUGGGGACAGGUUUAGUCUGCACUCAUGGUUUUGGGGUAUGGGGACAGGUUUAGUCUGCACUCAUGGCUUUGGGGUAUGGGGACAGGUUUAGUCUGCACUCAUGGCUUUGGGAUAUGGGGACAGGUUUAGUCUGCACUUAUGGCUUUGGGUGGUUUUAAACCUCCAUAACUCCCAUGUUCCCAUGUUUGUACAGAGUAAUGUGUUAACACAGUGAAUGGCAGCCUGGCACUGUGCAUACAUGGUGUGUGUUACCCACUGAUACAUUCUGCAGGUUAGACAGUUUGACACAUGUAUGUUUACACAGGAGGGCUCAGUUUGGUAGUGUUUUCAUGUUGAGUCUCAUCCUAUAUUUUGCCUUUGUCCUCUACAUAGCUUGAUAGCAUUUAUCAUGUACACCUCAGUUUACGUCCAUAUAUUGGCCUGGAAAAUGGAAAGUGUAAGUGUGAAUUCUGCUUUAUGCUCUGGUAGUACUUAGUGCGGCACUGUCACAGUCUGAGGACUUUGCAGAAUUCAGACACCUGGAUGAGACCUUUCCGCAGGGGGGAGGGUGGGCAGGUAAACUUACCUGAACUUGUCCCUGGCGGAUACUGCUAUCUUCAUCUUGUGGGUCCUCUUUAGCUUCUGGCUUGAGCCAAUGUCAGAGUGCAACAUUGAGAUCUAUGGAGGAUCCUGUGUGGUCCUCAAUAGACAAAGCCAUUCCCUGCAUCCCUCACUGGUGUCUGCUGUUGGCAUUGACACUGUAGCGCUGCCCUGUCUAUAAGUCAGGCUGACCAAAUAGACAAAGUAGUCCCUGCUUUCUCUAUAUCUAUUGACUGGGUUGGAAUUUCAGUGAGAUGACAACAGUCCAAAUGAAUAUUUCAUAAAGGUUCUAUGUUUAUAAAAUGCUAUUUAUUUUUUUUUUAUUUUUUUUUAGUGGGAGAGUGUAACCGUGACAUUUUAAUUUCUGAUGUAUAAAGACACUUAAGUUACAUAGAUCGUUUAAUUUAGCACAAUAAAUUGUAAAAAUAAAAAAAGGACUGACAUAAGCAUAUCUUAUAGAUCACUGGUCAUCACAAUUAAUUAUUGGUCAAUAUAAUCAUAAAGACCUAUACUAAGCAUAACUGCUACUGCCAAAUGUAGCGGUUGUAUUGCCAGGGGUACCCUGGCCUGGUUCCCCAUUAAUGGGGCAAACGACUUCGUAACGGUUUACCUCUUACCUGGGCCCCUAGUGUUGCAGUGAUGUGCUUCUGGUUUAGAUAUACUAAAUGCAGUUCUGUAGAACAAAAGUUUCUCAGAAUUGACAAUAGCUGAUGUUACCUCAAGGAUACUGCUGAAUUACAUAUCUGACAGCACAGGGGUGAAGUAUUAGAACUUUACGUAGCCUUAGAGAGGUCUGUAGAGUUUGUGCAGUAUUCCUAGUCUAUACCAGGGGAAUUGGAACAAGUGAGUGAAGACAUUUUGGAGGUUUGUGACUAGUUGAAUCACCCAUAUUAGAUUGACAGUCUGCUGACUUAGACAACUGAGCUGCAGCUGAAUGAACAUGCAGAUUUGUUUAAAAGAACUAAAGUUGCCUUUUGAAUAAGUUAGACACCAAAGCUUAAAAAAAAACUUACUUCAUCUUAAUAGUUUGGUUGCUUAGACCCUGUCCUGGCACGCUAGCAAUGUAAAACAUUGCUCCUUCAGAAAAGAUUUGUAGAUUGUCUGCCAGAAGUGUCCUGGCACUGUUCCACAGUACUAAUAACCACUUUUAGUAAGAUUUGAUUGCUUACCAGGGUCCCACAGAGCACCUGUGGCCACAGCUCAUGCUUACUGUAUCUUUAGCAGGAGCAUCGGUUGAGUCAGUGCUGUUCUGGAUUGGCAGUCUGUAGUUCUAUGUAGACAUCCAGCUUCUCCUUCACGAGAAGACUAAUGGUGGUGCUGGUGUCACCAUGACUACAUACUAUGAGAUGAUGCCAGGGCACUCCAAAUACUAUAACACACUGCAGAAGGCUAAACACACUGCUUAAAUUUAGUAUUCAUUUUAUACAGAUUUGUCAUUGUGCUAACAUAACAUGUAAACAAAUUAUUUGUUUUCAGGUUAUACCUUGUCUUUAAACCCUUUUUGUGGCAAUCCUUGGAAGCACUGACAAGAUGCCCAGGGAAGACAGGGCUACGUGGAAGUCAAACUAUUUUCUUAAAAUAAUUGUAAGUAUUUUUUCAACUCCUAAUAUAUGGUGUAUGUGACUGAAAAUGUUCAAGAUAAUUGCAUAUAUUUUGCCUAGAAUUUGGUUUGUUAUACUUCAUUUUGAAGCGUAGAUUUACCAGAUUCGUGUAUUUACAACUGAUGUUUGGCAGAUAUACUUUUCUAAGGGUAUUUAUUUUAUCACUUGAAUACGAAAUGCAAGUGAUGGGAGAUAUACUACAAAAUCUAGUUUGGAAUUGUCUAAUCUGUUUCAGGAAUAAAUACUGACAAAGCUGAACACUUUAACAGCAGAUAAGCCAAUUGGUUCACUUUGCUUACUGCUUUUAAAGGCCAUUUUAUAGGAUUUUAAAGUUAUCUCAAAACUAAGUCUAUUUCCUAAGCAAUGUUUUUUUUUUUUGUUUUUUGUUUUUUUUGUUCUAGCAAUUGCUUGAUGAUUUUCCAAAAUGCUUCAUCGUGGGGGCGGACAAUGUUGGUUCAAAACAAAUGCAACAGAUCCGUAUGUCCCUACGAGGGAAAGCUGUAGUUUUGAUGGGAAAGAACACAAUGAUGCGCAAAGCUAUACGUGGACACCUGGAAAAUAACUCUGCUCUGGAGAAGUGAGUUAGGUUUAGUCCUGAUGAUGGAUAUUAUAUUUGACUGUUCCAAAUGACUUAUUGAUUUGUGUCCUUUUCAGGCUGCUGCCUCACAUCAAGGGUAAUGUGGGCUUUGUUUUUACCAAGGAGGAUCUUGCAGAAGUUAGAGACCUGCUGUUGGCCAACAAGGUAGAGAAAAUUGUAGUGUUAAAAUUAUCAAACCUUUGUAAAGUAGAACUACUUUGUAAUCUGUUGAUUUUGUUCCUUAGGUGCCAGCCUCUGCUCGUGCAGGAGCAAUUGCUCCAUGUGGGGUCACCGUGCCUGCACAGAACACUGGUUUGGGCCCUGAGAAGACCUCCUUCUUCCAGGCUUUGGGUAUUACCACCAAAAUUUCCAGAGGAACAAUUGAAAUCUUGGUGAGUGCAAUCUUAAACAAUUUCUGAUAUUGUGUUUGUGGUUCUGUAGUAGUAUGUUAAUACUUUUUUGCAUUGCAGAUAUGUUUAAGUGGUGUGUAUUUUUCAUACAGUUGUGAAGAAUUGAUGUUUAUGUGAAACUGUGUAUAGCUACUGCCAUAUAUCAUGUUGCAUGGUUUGCAACAAAAUAGUUGUAUGCUAUAGAAAGGGUAUGUUACUUAAGAUCUGUUUUGUUCUAGGGAAAUAUAUUUUUGUUGCUAUAGUACUUUUAAUUUGAUAUAACUUUUUUAAAGUUUUCUAAUUGAUUUUUGGUCUCUUUCCAGAGCGACGUGCAACUGAUUAAGACUGGAGACAAAGUGGGUGCCAGCGAAGCCACACUCCUGAACAUGUUGAACAUCUCACCCUUCUCCUUCGGUUUAAUUAUUCAGCAAGUUUAUGACAAUGGCAGUGUAUAUAAUCCAGAGGUACUGGACAUUACAGAAGAAGCUCUUCAUGCCCGCUUCCUUGAGGUAAGGACUAUCAUGUGAUUUAUUCAAAAUAUCUGGAGCUUUUGAUAAUGAACUGUAAAAGAGCAUUAGUAAAACUAGAGAGCAAAUUGUGAUUUUUUUUAUUUUUUUUUCUCCUUCUUCUUAAGGGUGUUCGCAAUGUGGCCAGUGUUUGUCUUCAGAUUGGAUAUCCCACUAUUGCUUCAGUGCCUCACUCAAUCGUCAAUGGGUAUAAGAGAGUUCUUGCUGUUGCUGUGGAAACUGAUUACAGCUUCCCAUUGGCUGACAAGGUGAGAAUAUGGUCAAAAUUGGCUGUGUGCUGGAAAUGCAAUUGUUAAUGCACAACAACUUUCUGUUAACUGUAUACUGAAAUAGGCUACACUGCAUUUGAGGGUGGAUGUAAUUGAAUUGUACCAUGCAGAAUAAAACUUUCUUAAAUUCCUACACAUUGAGCUCUUGCUUAAGAGCAGGUUUAGAGUCAUAUCUCGUCAUCUUUCUAACGUGGUGCGUCAAAAUCAUGACAAGCCUGCAUUUAAAGUGAGGUCAAUUAAGAAUAAGUUUGUUAACCUACAAGUAAAGGACGUGCAUUGCCUGUUGAUCCAUGGACACCUUUGUAGGCAACCUCUUCAGUAUAGGAAUGUAGUUAUGGGAACAAAGUCCUACGGAGAUGGGAAACAAAUUCUUGGUAAUCUACCAAAGCCUUUAAUCAUGGGUUAAUGUUGGUUUUCAAGUUUUGCUGUUGUGGUUUUAAGCUUAAAUGGAUAUCCUCUUCAUUUUUAUUUUCCCAGGUCAAGGCAUUCCUGGCAGAUCCAUCUGCUUUUGUUGUAGCUGCCCCUGCUGCUGAGACAGCUGCAGCACCUGCUGCUGCUGCCCCGGCUAAAGAGGAAAAGCAGGAAGAAUCAGAAGAAUCUGAUGAUGAUAUGGGCUUUGGGCUCUUUGACUAAUUCUAACUGUGGUUUAUGCCAUCAUAAAUAAAGAACUCUACAGCUGACUCUUUGUGUUUGUGGUUUAUAGAAAUGGCAUAGUGUGACUGAAAGAUGGAUUGGAUUUGGUUUUAUUGAGUAACUUUAUAGCUUAAAUUCUUCAUUAAAGGUUAGUAUUGGUUAUUAUCCAUGCAGAAUCUUAUUUUUUUUAAUUUGUGCUACAAUGUCAUUUCCGGUUUUCUUUUCCCUUAGGGACGGGAAGGCCAUUAAUCAAAUGAAUACUGCACACUAGCUUCAAUUGGUACCUAUGAUGGAAGAGAUGCGUUACACACCAACAUGUGACAUCACUGAUGAGGCUCUUUGAAGAUGACAGGUAAUAUUUCAAGUGAAUGGAGUAAGAGAAAAGUGUGCAUGGUUUUUCCCAGUCUUGCUGAAAUCUGCCUUUUGUGUUGCUCAUUCAUCUUUCCAUGUAGUGAAUGUGGUGUCUCUUAAGGCAUACAUAAAUUCCACAUGUGGCCUAAUAAAGAUUAAAAUGGUUUUCUUUAGCUGGCUGCUUAUGGAACAGUUUUAUUCUUUAAAAAAAUCAUGUGUACCUGCUUUUCUGCUUGACACAUCUGAAUUCGUUUAUAUUCAAUUCAGCACAAUACAAACUGUCCUUUAUCAUGAGUUUUUUCUAUAAAGAACCUAAUAACCUCUACUUUUAAAUAGAUGUGACAUGCUAUGCACAUGAAAUGUGAUGGCUAAAGUAUAAACUGGUAAUCAUGUAAUCCCAAACAAUGAUUUAUAUUGAGCUUGCCAAAUUAAUACACAGAUAUAGUAUUGGGUGAGUUCAAUUUUUUUUUUUCUCAAAGCACUUGUUUUGGCUGCCUUCUUCUAUGCAAGCCUUAACUGCAUUUAAUAUAAGAUGCUUUCAAUACUCCCACUGAGUGCAUUAUAAUAGUGUGUAAACAAAAAACAGAUUGUAGGAUAGGUCUACAAGCUAUCUUAAAUUUUACUCUUUAGAGAGCGGUCUACAAGCAUCAUCAUAUUGACCCAUUUCCAAGCCACCUUUAUGAAGUUUUCUCUUCCUAACUGAUAUAACACGCUUUAAUGAGUUUAUAUACAAAACCCAUGCUUAGUAUUCAUUUUUUUUUAAAUUUUGCAAGCAUUUUAAUAACACAUUGCUUUAUUUUAAACAGAUGAUACCAGAAACUACAAUAAAGUAAAAUCUUCUAUAAUACAAAGUAAGUAAAGUUUACAGGAAUGUUAACAUUUAAAGGAAACAUCAAAAAGCAAAUCAACUCUUUAAAUGCAUUAAAGGAACACUGUAGCAUUAUUCAAUUAGAUAUGAGUUUGGACGUAAGAUUCCCAGCUCUCAUCCCCAGUGGGAUUGGAGGCAUAUUAUUAUAUUUAUAUUGCGCCAUCAAAUUCCGUAGCACUGUACAAUGGGAUAUAAAGCCACGCUUCCAAGUCUUCGGAUUAGUUUAUUUUUGGGGUUGGACAGGGUGGUCAGACCUUGAAGGCACUGUAACAACUUCAAUGAGCUGAAAUUGUUAAAGUGCCUACGGUGUUUCUUUAAACUCCUCUUGAUUGGACUAAAUUUGCAAUGUAUCGUUGUAAAAUGUACAAGCUGUGGUCAUUUCUCAUGAACUUUACAAAUGUCAGUUGCACAUCAGAGCUAUGUGUUAUAUAAUUACUUGGACGUCGUAGACGGUUGUAAAUUGUUACGAGAGAGACACACACUUUGCUUUAAUUGAAUGCAUACUGGAUGAAAAGAAAAUAUUACAUUUCUUAUUGUAUAUUUUCAGCUGCCCUUGUGUUACCCAUUCAUUUUUUUAAGUGAUGAAUGAGGCGUCAAACAGGGCAAAAAUUAAAAUCCUCCAUGCUUUCCAAGGUGCCCUUGGACUUGUCUAAUGUCCAGGGCACAGGUAUGCAUAGAGACAGUACCACUGUUAGGAAAGGCAGUGUAUAUUUUGAGUUUAUUAAACAUUUUAGAAAUCAAAUGACUUUCUGUAUAGGGCAGUGAAAGGACAAUACUGUUAAGUGACCCUUUUCCUUUGUAGUGAUUCAUGGAGAGGGAAGUAAAACUUAUAUACAGUGCUGGUUCUAGAUCAUAUUUUUACUUUAGAAUUUUAAUUGUCAAGCAUGACUUGUAAUCUUUGAUUUUAUUUUAUUUUUUUUCAGCAAGAACUGCAUGAAGGACAGCCUGCUCUGGAUGUUCACUUUUUAUUUUGUUCUCCCCAUUGUCAUUUGCUGUGAGAAGAACGUGCAGUAAUUUUGGUUGUCUUAUGAAACAAGCUAGUUCAUUUUACGGUUUAUAUAACAAAGGCGCAGGGGCUGGUAUUCUAAACCUACAGUAAAGUAUAGUUAAAGGGUUAAGCCACUGUCUAAAGAUCCUUUCUACUUAUUCUCUACUGGGUGCUAUUAAUUCUCCUCCCCAUUUUCCUUAAAACGUGGGUGCAGUAACACACACUCUAUUAACAGUGAAUACAUUUCAAAGUAACUAGUUUGGAUGUAAAAACGAAUUUCAUAUUUAAUUCAAAAGUGGCUGACCUUGACUCAUUGCUCAUUUGGAGAAGAUUUCCAGUUUGUCUAUAUGGUAACAUUGAAAUCCUGUUUCAAAUUGAUAAUUCACUUUUGUUGGUUUAUGGAUCUGGCAGAUGUAGCAUUUCGAUAGUGUUGUGGAAAGUAUUCAUCGGUAGCUGUUCAUCUACUAUACACUUAACAUUCUUAUACUAUUUCAUUCUAAAUUUAAAACUUAUCCUAUCAAAUGAAUCUUAUAUUUUUGACAUUCUUUAUUUUUCCAGUAGUGGCAAGGUUUAUCUGUCAGACAGAAAUUAAAUUUUCUUUUAUUAUAUAUGUAGAAUAAACAAGCAACUUCCUGUCUGAAAGCAUGAAGUGUUUAAGACCAAAUCCUUGUGCAGAUUGAGAGGCUAAGGCCAAAGCGAGACUGCACAAUAAAUAUGAACAGGCUAGUAGAUUGUUAUACAUGUGCAGACCUAUGAGGCCCUGUAGUGGCCUUAUUUCAGUCCAGUGUCUGGCCCUAGAUUUCAUUGAGCAAUUAAAAUUGUGAACUUGCUAAAACAAUGGCAAACAGGAAAGGAAUAGAAAAGCAAAGCAGCGGGUGCUGACCUGCAGCUUGAGACAAUAUGCCCACCGAGGAUGUCUGUCUUACUGGAAUCUUAGUAACCCUCUCUUCUUGAGAUAAUGAUGCGGUGAUGACCCUUGCAGGUAGAGGCUUAGUACCCCUGGCACUGAUAAUCCCUCCAGUGUUGCCGCUGUUAUGAAAGGUCCCAUGUGACCCAGACCCAAAGGUUGGCUAGGUGCAGUCCUUUCUUUUAGGCAGUAUAAUGGAUUCUGUUGCUGUUGAAAUUUCUUAGUGGCAACUGCUGAGGUAUUCAGUUUGUCAGCUGUUGGUGCUUAGGAGAGAUCAUUAGCUUCUGAAGCUUUUCCCAGAAGUCUGUGAAAAUGCUGUAUAAUUUAGUGAGGAUGUCGUCACAGGGAUCUGAUGAGCACAGGGCAUCUUCCAUUGGGGUGGUAUGCUGUGAACACAUCUCCAGCUCUGUGUUGCAGGGUAAGUAGACCGGGAUCGCCCCCCACCAGUUCAGAAGAGAAAAGGGAUAGCAAGAGGGUUUACCAUGGGCCUGACGGCCGCACAGCAGAAGAGCAACCCUCUUUCCUAUCUGGUAUGAGCAUUAAGCUAAGAGAGGAGCUCUCAGAACAAGUUUAGUUGUCGUAAGGUCAUGACCUCCCCCCGUAUACAUUUCAAAUUCCAGUAAUAAGAGAGCUUCCCCUAGGAUAGGGCUUACUUGUCUAAGAAUUUGAAACCAGGCACAUUUUGCUGCAUUAAUGAGAUUAAUAAAAACUCACUUCUGCACUUCAACUCUGUUCACCUUGAACCUGGGUAGCCACGAUAAACAGGGAAAGCUAUUCUAACCCACCCUUGUGCUUUUAGCAGUUGUAAGUCAGAUAACACAAGGACAGUUUGCAAAAAAUGGUGGACUGGGACUGUUAGUUUAAUAACUGCUAAAAUCCCCCACCCCACACUUUUCAUAUAUCAAUUUUAUCACUAAUGGUUGUCAGAACUUGGCUGUUUUGUUUCUCCAUGCCUCAUCAUCACACUUUCACUAUUAUAAUGGUAAUGUGGAUAAAGCCUGCCAUUGCUUCUGUUACAUCCAGUACAAAAUAAAAACAAAUUGCAGUGGGUGUGUAAUAAGAGUGAUUUCUUUCAAACUACUUCGAACAUUGGAUUACAAUUUUCAGAGUUAUUCUGUAAAACGAGAUUUGUC